AAGUAAGACAUCACAUAAUAGAUGUUUUGCAUCUUGUAACUGUAAGCUUUUAAUUAACUCAAAGAAAAAGAAACAAGUCAUUUGGCCCUAAAUUAAGCCAUGGCUUUUGAUGGUGCUACUAUUUUCUUCUACAUCUUCUCCUUUCUAGCUUUGCUAAUUUUCACAUUACUUGUCAACAAUAAACGAACCACAAAUGGUAGCUCCAAAUUUAGACCCCCACCAAGUCCAAGAUCACUACCAAUAAUAGGCCACCUUCACCAUAUAGGCUCAGUCAUACCAAAAUCAUUCCAAACACUUUCUCACCAAUAUGGUCCCUUAAUUCAGCUCAAUCUAGGUGCAUCAACUUCUAUAGUUGUCUCCAAUGCACAAGUUGCCAAACAAGUCAUGAAAACACAUGACCUUAAUUUUAGCUACCGACCCCAAUUUGGAUCCUCUCAUGAUUACUUAUACAAAGGGUCUUAUUUCAUCACUGCCCCAUAUGGUCCAUAUUGGAGAUUCAUGAAAAAAAUAUGCGUUACUAAAUUACUCUCUAGCUCUCAACUUGGUCGCUUCAUGCAUAUUAGAGAGCAAGAAUUAGAGAAACUCUUGAAAUCUCUUUUGAUAUGCUCUAAUGAAAAUAGGUCAACGGAUUUGGGUUUGGACUUUACUACUUUGACCAAUAACAUCUUGUGUCGUAUGAGCAUGGGAACCACAUGUUUCAAAAAAUAUAAUAUUGAUCCUGAGGUUAUUCAAUGUUUGGUUAGGGAGUUUAUGCAUGUAGGAGCUAAAUUGAGUAUGGGUGAAGUGCUUGGGCCUUUGGGGAAGUUUGACUUGUUUGGUUAUGGGAAAAAGCUUAGGAAAAUAGUGGGGGAAUUUGACAAGAUUUUGGAAGGUUUCUUGAAGGAACAUGAAGAGAGAAUAAACACUGAGGAUUGUCAAGGAGAUAUGAUGGAUAUCCUAUUACAAGUGUAUAGAAAUGAAAACGCUGAAGUGAGGUUAACAAGGAAUGAUAUCAAGGCCUUCUUCCUAGACAUUUUCCUCGCUGGAACAGAUACAUCCUCAGUGGCAAUGCAAUGGACCAUGGCUGAGAUAAUGAACAACCCUAAAAUAUUGAAGAAAUUAAGGGCUGAGAUUAAUGAUGUAGUAGGUACUAAUAGAUUGGUUAAAGAAUCAGACAUUCCAAAAAUGCCUUACCUACAAUCAUGUGUGAAAGAAGUGCUAAGACUUCAUCCAACGGCACCGUUUGCUCUUAGACAAUCAUCAGAAGAUUGCAAAAUCAACGGCUAUGAUAUCAAAGCUCAUACAAGGACACUUGUCAAUGUCUAUGCCAUUAUGAGGGACCCACAAUCAUGGGUCAACCCUGAAGAGUAUAUACCUGAGAGAUUCUUAGUAGGUGAAGAACAUGAACAUGAACAUGAACAUGUGAAUAAAAUGGAUGGUGAUGAUUUUAGGUAUAUUCCAUUUGGAUUUGGUAGGAGGGGUUGUCCUGGUUCAUCACUUGCUUUAACGGUUAUACAUUUGACAAUUGCUGGAUUGAUUCAAUGUUUUGAAUGGAAAAUUAAAGGUGGUGAUAAGAUUGAUAUGGAAGAAGGGUCGUCAUUUUCUGCUGGAUUGGCAAAACCUCUAGUUUGUUACCCUGUUACUUGUUUUAAUCCUUUUUAAGUUUUAUGAUUAUUGCAUUUACCGUAUAAGAUAAAUGUUGUUUAGGAAAAUAAAAGUAGUACUACUGUUAUUACCUUGCAUUAUGAUAUGUUCAUAUGACACCUACCCGUGAUGUUAGGUUUUGAAUUUUGUGUCAUUGUUUGUUGUUAUGGUUUAUGUAUUUGGAGUUUGGUUUAUGC